AUGGCUUCCGACUUCUUUUAUCCUAACACAGGCGGAGUAGAGGAGCAUAUUUAUAAUUUAUCACAAUGUCUAAUCAAAAGAGGUCAUAAAGUAGUCAUAAUUACUCAUUCUUACGGAAAACGAGUUGGAAUAAGAUAUUUAACUUGCGGACUGAAAGUAUAUUAUUUGCCUAUAAAAGUAUUUUAUGCUCAGUGUGUUCUGCCAACUAUGAUAUGCAAUAUAGCACUGAUAAGAUAUAUAUUGAUAAGAGAGAGAGUAGAGAUUGUACAUGGACAUUCUGCAUUCAGUGUAUUGUGUCAUGAAGUGUCAAUUAUAGGCAAACUAAUGGGUUUGAAAACAGUGUUCACUGAUCACAGUCUAUUCGGAUUUGCUGAUACUUCAGCUGUUUUAACAAACAAGUACCUUCAGAUGUGUUUAUGUGAAUGUGAUCAUUGUAUCUGCGUGUCACACACUGGCAAAGAAAAUACUGUGCUCAGAGCAAAAGUAAAAGCAUACAAGGUUUCUGUGAUACCUAAUGCUGUUGAUGCCUACAGCUUUACUCCAGACCCAAGCAAAAGAGAUCCUAAUGUGAUAACAAUAGUGAUUGUAUCCCGCCUUGUAUACAGAAAAGGUGUUGAUUUAAUGGCUGCUGUAAUAGCUGAUAUGUGCCCUAGAUACCCAAGAAUAAGAUUCAUAGUUGGAGGAGAUGGUCCUAAAAUGUGGCUUCUACAAGAAGUGAGAGAACAGAAAGGUUUCCAACACUGUGUGACCCUUUUAGGAAGUCUCAAACAUUCUGAAGUAAGAGAUGUGCUUGUGAAAGGGGAUAUAUUUUUGAAUACAUCUCUUACUGAAGCCUACUGCAUGGCAAUAGUGGAAGCAGCAUCUUGUGGGUUAAAAGUAGUCUCAACUAAAGUAGGUGGUAUACCUGAAGUGUUGCCAGACAGCAUGAUUUACCUGACAGAACCAAAUGUUGGCAGUCUUGUGGAAGGAAUUGAAAAGGCCAUGGAAGACAUAGACAAAGGCAAUAUAUUAUGUCCCUUUGAAUGCAAUAUGAAGGUAAGGAAAAUGUACAAUUGGAUGGAUGUAACAAAGAGGACAGAAAUAGUAUACAACAAUAUAUCUUUGAAUAAAAAUAAUCCUUUAGGUGUACAAUUACGAAACUACCUCACAUGUGGUGUCUGGCCAUUUUUGUUAGUUAUAAGUCUUAUGUAUUUAUUGUUAAAGUUGACAGAGAAAAUAUACAAAAGGAAACAUAUAGAUAUAGCAAGGGAUUAUAAGUUAUAG